GAUCGAUUUUUAAUAAUUGAUUUUCUUUUUUUUCUUUUCUGUUUCUCUUUCCUUUUCUCUUUCUCAACCUGCCAGAGUCUCGGAGGAUUCUUGAUGUGUCUCGCUGCCUCGCGGAGAGGGUCUUGAUGGAAUCUGUGUCGAUUGAGACUUUGCGCGCUGAGGCUGUUGCGGCGCGUCAUGAUGAGCUUGGACGGUUAGUACAGUCGCGGAAACGAAAGCUCCAGGAGCUCUACUCCGUGUCGUGCCACCUCGGCCGGGCAAAACCGCUUCCUAGCUUCGAUGCAGUGUCAAAAUGGGGCACGCGCGAUGGUGCUGCGGACGAGGAUGAGAGAAGAUUCUUGGAGGAGAAUGAUUUGGAGAAAUCGUUGACGUUUAAUGAAUCUUCACUGUUUUCGGUUGCGCUCCGUCCUUCAGAGACUGCGAUCAGGGAGGGAAGCGCAACGAGUAGAACUUCGACGCCAUCUACUACGAGGACGUCGUCGCCGUCGAAAACGUUGCGUUCGCAGACUCCUCGUGCCCCACCACCUCCACCACCUCCUACCACUACUACAGCGCCAAUAGUUCCCGUCGCCCCGCUCGAGUCUGUCCCUUCUCCCCCCUCCUCGCCCACCUAUCGCACGAUCGCGACGCCGCCAGUCAUCCCACCCACAACAAUUGCAGGACGUCACGUUACACCCACAGCGACACUCGAGGUUCGGACGAAUGGCCAUACACAGGAAGCCGCGACAGAGCAACAGCGCGAACCAACGCCGGAAGAGUCGCGCACAAUUCCAUCAACUCCUUCACCGAUCUCGCUGUCGCAGUCGACUUCCAUAACCCCACUAGCACCGGAGAAGGAGGAGGAGGAAGACAAAGAUGUGGCUGCUCCAGUGGUGGAGAUCGGUGGCGUACCAGUUGUCCAGGAAUCCAGCACUGCGGUUCCGAACGAGCGCGAGAAAGCCGCCGGCGUCCACCCUCCUCCGAUCCCACCAGAGCUCGACGAGGUUGACACGCACAUGUCUGACGCCAAAACAGAAGCCCCACCGAAACCAUUGGUCUGGAAGAAGAGGAAGGCAGCUCCCAAGAAAACGAAGGUGAAACGGCAGUCUCCUCGUCCGCUGGAAAUUCCAGAUUCGCAGGAAUCACUACCACCAGCAAAGAAUGCAUCCACUUCGCCUUCGUCGCUCGAAACUCCACCUACCCCUCCUCAAACCGGUCCGCUUCCACUGCUCGCACCACCACUAGCAAUUGUUACAGAUCACCCCGGCAAGAGUGUCGUGCCUAUAAAUGAAUCCUCGCAACCGGAGGUGUCCUCGCCGGCCUCUUCGGUCGAGGGCGAUGCCUCUACACCUGGAAACAACAUUUCCUCUGCAACGAGUCCUGAUCCACACCACAUCCCCGAACCUUCAAAGUCUGGGGUUGCUGUUGUUGAGAAUGGUGAAGUGGAAACUGUUGAGGAGGCGAUUGAGGUGGAUACACUCCGGCAGAACGAAGAGGAUGAGGUGAAGGAAACGCUGGUUGAACAGAGUGUGGACAAAGGCGUGGAGAAACCGGUCGAGCCGACGCUACCUUCUGUGGAAAUUGCAGAUGACAUAGUGGAGGACGAGAAUGAGGUUGCGAUUCAUUUACCGACUGUUCCGUCAAAUGAGUUGCCACCAGACACUUCGGCAAGAGCAGAAGAGGAGCGGAAGGAGCGUGAGCUUCCGGUGCCCAUGGAAGUUGAAGCCGAGGCCGAAGAGCCGGAAACUGAGGCUCCCCAGCCAUCGACACCAAAACCGGUGGACGUUGGAUCCCCAGUGUCUCCAGAUCCAUCUGCUCAGCUCAGACUCGAGAACCAGUUGGCGAAUGGAGUCGUCCGUGCCUUGCCUCCUGUUAUUGAGGAGCAUGCAGUGGUAGAACAGCAGAAGUCAUCCGCGCCGUCGCCGAAACAGGCUCCAUCCGCUCAUCCACUACCACCUGUUUCUGUUCCGUCUUCGCCGGUACGGGAACAAGCUCUGGAUGACGAGGAGGAUGAGGAGGAUGUGGAGGAGGAUGUGGAGGAGGAUGAAGAGGAAGGAGGAAAGGAAGAGGAGAAGGAAGAAGUUGAAGAGGAGGAAGAGGAAGAAGAACGUGCGCAGCCGGUCCCAAGUGCUGAGUCCAGCAUCGUCGACAAAGCUCCCUCGCCAGCUGCGGUUCCCACUUCCGAAACAGCCCUCGAAUUAAAACCAACUGAAGCCUUUGAGGAGUCAGCAGCUGCUGUGGAGAAAUCGCGGGAGCCGGAGCCAGAGCCAGAAGAAGUUAAGGAACCCGAGGUGUCACCCCCUCCGCAACCACAACCAGUUGAUGAAGAAACGCCCAACGAACCGGUCCAGCCCGGAAAACCGGAACCGGAGACUAUUGAGACUGCUGUUGAAGCACCACCGCAUGCGCGCGCGCUCUCUCCAGCUAAGAGUCUUCCCGAUUCUGUGAUGAUACCCGUCGACCAGGAUUCGGAACCUGAAGAGGAUGAGGAAGACACCCUCAUGGAGGAUGUUGCACCGAAACCUGCUGCGACACUGGUAGCCGUAGAGACGCAAGCUAAAGGUCCAGAUCCUGAAAAAUCUAAUACAGAGGCCGAGAGCGAUAUUACGACCGCCAAGGCGAAAAGUGUUGACCGCGCACUCGGUGUGGAUGAACAAUCUGAUAUCGACGACGACCAGAAUGCCGCAGACACUAUUGAAGGCAUCUCUUUGCCAGAGAAUUUGCCUGAAGAAAUUCAGAAUAGUCAUGAGUCCAUGGCACCAGAAAUUGCAACGUCCGUAUCAGAACACAAGCAGCCAACCGGGGAGGAAGUGGACGAUUCUACUCAAGCUGUACCUUCUGCCGAAGCUGAAGAUACUCAAUUCGUCACUCCCGCGCUCUUUUCCACACGAUCUUCCUCAAGACCGAAACGGCCAACUCCUCGCGCGAAAGCGCAGCUGUCCAAAGUCGUCAUAUCAUCUGCCCAUCAUGCUGCUGCCGCUGCCGAGGCCGAGGCGAAGAGAUUGCGCGAAGAUCAAGAGCAGCAAGGCUUGAUAGUCAUGGCGCGCCGAAGAACCCAACAGGCUGCUGCUGGUGCUGCAAGAGGCCGACCUUCUGCAUUUCCACCUGGCAGUAAGUUGGAGGCACUCGCACGAUACGGCGUCGACGACGAUGCUCAAAAGGAGUUUAAAGUUCCAGAUUACUUCGAGCCGUGGUGUACCGUUAAGAGCAUGCCCACCCCGGUGAACGAGCUCCUUAUGAAAUCUUCGAAGACGGUUUCAACGGCGGAUCAUAACAUCAGCCGUCAGGAUGCGACCAUCGUGAAGAUCUCCAAGAGGAUUCAUGAGCUGCAGGAACAAGGAUUGUGGAGCUUGCAACAGAUUCAAAAGGCCCCCGAGCCGCGGCGGAGAAUGGCCCAUUGGGACUAUCUGGUCAAUGAAAUGAAGUGGCUUUCAACCGACUUCAGGGAAGAGAGGAAGUUGAAGAUCGCUCAAGCUCAACAGCUAGCGUACAUGUGCAAGGACUUUUACGAUAGUUCCGUUGAGCAGAAGAAUGAGUUACAGGUUGACCGCAAGACCAUGGGGAGGGUACCGAAAGGCAUCCGGGAAGAGCGCAAGUUGCGGACGAUGCGUGAGGGCUCUGACCACCCGACGCCUGAGCUUGUUGCAAGUGGCGGCACACCAGACGAUGAGGGCAGCGAAGAUUACUUUGUGAAGGAAGAAGUACAUGAAGAUGCCGUCAUGGAUCUGGGUGAUGAUAUAGGAAUGUACGACCACCUCCGGGACCCCCCGCCAGCUACCUUGUUCUCGCUCAAGCCGGGCGAAACUGUGUUCUUCAUGCCUCCAACCAAGGCGGCCCAGGAACUACUCGACCAGCUGCCUUUGUACGCACCACCCGCUCCUCCAACCCAGGGACGACCCGAAUACGCUGAAGAGAAAUGGAAAAGGAACUCCGUCAUUCCCGUGAGCAAGUACUCGCAAGGCCGAAUGGUAUUUGUUGAUGAAGACCGUCCUCUCAGGAAGCGCGGAAGGUACGAAUACGAGCCCAACUUUGACAUGUAUGCGGAUGAGUCGGACGAAGAGGGCGAGGUGGUCAAUGGUGAUACCUUGGAUGCCUAUGGACGACCGCGCAAUCACGACAAGACUAAUAAGCCGAUUCCGCUUCAUCCCGAGCAAAACAAUGUUGCGCUCUUCCGACCCGAAUUCAAGCCCACGCUUCAAAGGAUCAGAAGCCACCUCUUCCGACCGCCUAUGGAUCAACCGCCAUCCGGUUUCUUCGAGAACCGUGCCCCGAGUCUGUGGACUCCGGAGGACGACGAGAAACUGCGGUUACUCACGAAAGAGUACAGCUACAACUGGCAAUUGGUUAGCGUGUACAUGGAGGUUGAAGGCGACUUCCACUCCGGCGCCGACAGAAGAAGCGCCUGGGAAUGCUUUGAGCGAUGGCUUGCAAUCGAUAACAUCCCCCAGGACUUCACCAAAUCGCCAUGGUACAAGGGUGUCCAACAACGUCUUGAGAUUGCACAGCGGGCCAGCCAACAGCAGAUCAAUAACGCCGCAAAUGGCACUCAGCACGUUAACCAGCUCAAGAGGCGUGGAACUUUGCCUACGAAGAUUGAUAGGAGGAGGAACACUAGGACGUUCACCCAAUUGGAAGCGAUGCGUAAAUUGUGCAAGAAGCGGGAAACAACUAUGAGCAAACAAGCGCAGAGCAAUAGAGCUGCUCAAGUUGCUGCGAUGCGCAAACAGGCCGCCAGUCCCAACACCACUCAAUUACGAACUCCACAGUACUUUUCGACCAUGAAGCAUGAGAAGGAUCUCAAGGCUUUGGAACAAAAGCAGCUGAUGGCGCAAAUGGGGCGCACUCCUGCUGCCGGUGGUCAACCCACUCAGCCUGGUCGUCUUCCAAAUGGCGUUCCGAUUCCUGGGCAAGCCGGUCGAGGUGUCGCCGCCCCCGUUCCUAUGGCUGGCGGGGCUGCCCUUCCCAACGGCCUCGCUGUUCCCCCUGCCGCUGGCCGCUCGCCAAACAUGCAGCACCCGCUGCACCCGCAAUACGCCGGUGCGAUGCGGCACCCAGCAGCCGGUAUGCAGCCCAACACGAACCGGCAGUACACCGCGCAGGAGUUGCAAACUAUGAGGAUUCAAGCCUUGCAACGCCAAGCCCAACAGCAGCAGCAGCAGCAGCAGCAGCAGCCGCAGCAGCAGCAGCAGCAGCAGCAGCAACAGAGCAGGAGUGCUACACCGGUGGGAAUGGUGCAAAGUCCUAGGAUGGGUCAGAUGCCGCCGCAGCAAUUGCAGCAACAACAGGUGUCGCAACAGCAGGUGCAGCAACAGCAGAUGCAACAACAGCAGGUGCACCAACAGCAGGCACAGCAACAGCAGGCACAGCAACAUCAGGCACAGCAACAGCAGGCACAGCAACAGCAUGCACAGCAUGCACAGCAGCAGCAGGCACAACAAGCACAACAGGCCCAGCAGGCACAGCAGGCACAACAGGCACAACAGGCACAGCAGGCACAGCAGGCACAGCAGGCACAGCAGGCACAGCAGGCACAGCAGGCACAGCAGGCACAGCAGGCACAGCAGCAGCAGCUUAUGGGCGGCGGACUGCAGAGUCCUAGGACUCCGCAGCAGGUCAUUGGUCUUGGUGUACAGAUGCCUCAGCAACAGUCACCGACGCAGCAGCAGUAGUAGCAUCAUAGGAUGGAAGGGAGGCUGGUGUUCGUUUUCUUUAGGGGUUUUCCCAGUGUUUUUCGUGUUUUCUUUUUCAGGGUCAAUUACUACGGGGGUCAAUCUUCUUUUUUCGUAUUGUUCCAUAUCUUUUUCUUUGGGGGUUUCGGUCGCGGGCUUUUUUACGUACUUCUUAGUAAAGGGUGGCUUUUGCUUGUUUUUGUUGGCAUUUUCCUUGUAUGGUAGCGGGCUGUUUGUGUGCUGUGUGCCUUUUGUUUCCCGCAAUAUGUUUUCCCAAUU